GGGGGUGCAGUGGGUCAAAUAGGAGAUGAGCUUUUGUUUUUAAUGAAAAGAAUCAUGUGUUGUUAUAUUUCAGGUCUUUGAAACCUCAUUCUGUAGCAGAGGUGCAUCGUAAUGACAAACUCAACAAUCUGCAACAACAGUCUGAGUUACAAUGUUCGACUCAUUCAAGUCAUUAUUUAUGCCACAAUUUUCCCUUUUGGAGCCGCAUUUAAUGUCCUUGCCUUGUGGGUGUUCUGCUGCAAACUGAAAAAAUGGACAGAAACCAGGGUGUACAUGAUCAACUUGGUCAUUGCAGACUGUUCUGUAGUCUGCAGCUUGCCUUUCAAAGUUUAUUUCUUAUGGAACGACUGGCAUCGUGACACGCUGUGCUUAACUAUACAGUCUAUAUAUUUAAUAAAUAUGUCCAUGAGCAUCUACAUUAUCACCGUCAUCUCAGUCGAUCGAUAUAUUGCCAUAAAGUAUCCUCUGAAGGCAAAGAGUUUAAGGUCACCAUGGAAGGCAGCCCUUAUCUGUGGGCUUCUUUGGGUAUCAACGAUAACUGGUCUGAACAUAAAACAAAGGAGAGAGGAAACUUUGUGCUUUCAAAAGGUUUCCACAAAACCAUCAACCAGUGUUCCAUUUUUCUUGAUCUUCGUUUUUUUAAUUCCACUAAUAAUACUGAGCUUUUGUUCCAUGCACAUCAUCAGGAGUCUUAAAAAAAGGAUGAUCACAAAUCCACACGAAAAUAAGCUAAUAGAGAAAGCUAUCUAUAUUGUUUCUGCAAAUAUGAUUGUAUUUAUACUAUGCUUUUCACCUGUCCAAAUUGGGAUGCUUGCUAGGUUUGUGAUGGAAAAAAAUGGAGUUAACUGCCUUGCAAUCCAGAAAAUUAGAACCUUUAUUAAUAUGACUGCAUGUAUAGCAAAUUCUAACUGCUGCAUGGAUGCCAUUUGCUACUAUUUUGUGGCCAAGGAAUUUCAAGAAGCUUCUUCCUUUUGUAAACCCAAAUCUCAUCACUCUAAGACAAAUGAAACCCACACCUCUCAGUUGAGGAUAUUCUAA